AUGGCGACUACAGCCGCCAGCGGGCCACCGACGACGCGCGUCGACGUCCCCUCAUGGAACGGCGAGGCAGAUAAGUUGACGAGCUACAAGUUUGAGGUCUCCAUGUUCACCAAGAGCAUCAAGACUGCGGAGCGUUACGUGUGUGGCCCGCAGCUGGUGCGCGCCCUCGGGGCGCGAGUCCGGACGACGGUGGAGAGCUGCCCGGACAUCGACACGGUCGACGAGAUCGACAAGGAUGGAGUUUUGAUUGGUUGGAACAAAGUGUUUCAGUAUGUAUUGGAGGAGCUGGACUUCACCAGCCUGAAUGACACGGGCCUCCUCGCGGAGGAGUUCUUCCUGAAGGUCAGCCGGAACUCGGGCGAGACCUUCCAGGACUGGGCCGCCAGAUUCGAGAAGAAGGAACGGGAGCUGUUGGUGCAGCUCCAAGUCAUUGAUUCCAGCGUGACGGAAGUGAUUGCGAAGCCUCUUCGGACAUGGUGGUUCCUUCGGAAGUCCAAGCUAUCCCCUGUUCAACGUGGAGAGAUCACCGCCACUGCAGGUGGCGACCUCAACUUUGGUAAGACAUACAAGGCCUUGCUCACGCGCUUCCCGGCGGAGGCGCUGGCGGAACUCGACGGCAAGCAGCACCGGAGGGCCUUCUAUGAGGACGCGCCCGUCGACGACGUUGAGGACGAGACUGGUGGGGAAGAUAUUGAUUUCACAGAGGUUGUCGAGCAGCUGAUCACCCUCGCUGAAGAAGAUGAAGAUGAGGAGCCAGCUGACGACAAUCCAGCGGACAACGAGGUGUUCGCAGAGUUCAAGCAGGUGGGCAGGAGCUUCAAGGACGCUCGUGACCUGAUCCGACGCCUUCGAGUGUCCCGCGACUACUACCCGGUCGUGUCGCUCAAGGACCCCGAUCGCGUGCCCCCGCCUCCGAACCCGGGACGAGGCUUCCAGCGUGGCCGCGGCAAGAACGGUCGAGGCCGCGCUCGCUUCGACACGGGCAAGGGACGUGACAUGUCCAAGAUGAAGUGCAUCGCGUGCGGCGAAUAUGGUCAUCGAGCGGCGGACUGCAACGAGAGGUUCAAGAAAGAUAAUACGAGAGAUGGAGCUCGUGGGACUAUUCACAACGGCUUCGUCCUGUCCGCCCUCGACGAGUACCUCUACCUCCUGGAGCGCGACGGCAUCUGGGCAAUCCUCGACAUCGGGGCCACGAAGAGCCUCGGCGGCCUCGAGAGCGUCGAGAACCUCAUGUACGAGAUGCUGGACCAGCACGGCCAGGAGUUCGAGACGACACAUGACGAGUGCUCAUUCACCUUCGGCGACGGCCUCCAGAAGAGCUCGAUGGGCACGGUGAAGGGGAACGUGUUCCUCGGCGGCGACCUGACCGAGGUCAAGCUGUCGGUGAUGCCGAACCGCGUGCCGAUCCUCCUGGGCAUGGACAUUCUGACUGACUCGCUGAAGGUUGUGGUCGACUGCGGCCGGAACUGGAUCGGCCUUCCGACCAUGGGCAACAAGGUGUUCUACUGCGAGCGCCUCUCGAGCAACCAUCUGGCCGUCAACCUGACGACGCCGCAGUGGUGGAAGGAGGUGCCGCUUUCCUUGCCGAGUGCCGGGUGCCUGACCGACGGAAACCUCGGCGGCGCGGACACCUACCAGAGCGACGGAAACUGCGACACGGAGCGGAUCGGCUCGAGCGACGGAAACCUCGAUUUCGUUCGGACGGACGGUCAGGGGAUCGCCAACUUCGGCUCCAGCGACCCCGACGCCAACAUCAACAGCAACACCAGCUACUCCGAUGGACUCGAAGAGGAAACGCUGAAGCAGCUCGACGACCAGGAUCUCAAGAUGUUCUACGAGAGCCACGACAAGGUCCUGGACGAGAUCUACCAGACCAUCGCCGAGGACCUGACGGAGCUCGGCAGGCCCUACCGCAUCGACCUGAUGGAGGUGUGCUGUCCGGAGGACUCGAGCCUCAGCAAGGCCGUGCAGGACCAGGGAGGCAAAGUGUUCAGGUGCGGCCUCUUCAAUGGGAUCGACAUGGGAACGGCAACCGGGCUUCGACGCGCGCUUCACCUUCUCCGACGACUCCGACCGCGCCGCUUGGUUCUCAGCCCGCCAUGUACAGCAGACUGCCCGAUCCAGAAUCUCAACCAGAAGACAGCUCAGCAGAAGGCCACGUAUCUGGCGAAGGUGCGCAAGGCCCGACGUAUCCAGCGGAACUGCAAGAGCCUCUGGGAAGACUCGAAGAAGAUUCACGACUGCCACACCGAGCUCGAACAGCCAGCUUCCAGCCGAAGCUGGACCAGGUCGCCCUCGAUCAAGGCGAUGCGCGACCAGAUGCGCGAGACGAUCAUCCAUGGCUGUGCGCAUGGACUUCGCGAAGCUCGUUCCGGCCUGCUGAUGAGGAAGGCAUGGCGCAUAUGCUCGACAGACCCGGAGUUCGGCGCUAAGCUCGGCAGGACGUGCUCCAACACCCCUGGCAGGGGCGACAACCACGCACACCGCCCCAUCGAGGACGGACAGGUGGUGGCCCAGACGGCCUUUUACCCACCAGCACUGUGUAAGGCUUGGGCAAAGCAUAUCCUGAAGACGAACACCAGCGCGAGGUACGGCAAGGAGAUCUUCACCAGCUUGGAACAGAUCCCAGAGGACGCUGAAGAGGAGAUGGAGGAGGCCCUCGACGAGGACCUCUUGCAGGAUAACCCCGAGGCCAUGGACGACGAGUCGGUCAUGAAGGGCCUGGGCAUCUCCGAGACACCGACCAAGAAGGAGGAGCUGGAGAUCGAGCAACGGCUGACGCGGCUCCACCGCAACCUCGGCCACCCGAGCAAAAAGACACUGUACAAGAUCCUCAAGGCAUCGGGAGCACCUCUCCAGGUCCUACGAGCAGCUCUUCGCCUCCAGCGUCACGCAUGCCAUGCGGGACAACUACCAAAAGCCGUCAGGGUCGCCUCGGGCAUCGAGCUGCCAGGCGUCCUAGAGGUGCUGGCCCCCGACGGGCUCGAGUGGCUCUCGCCGAAGCAGGAUUCUUUCCUGAUGACGUUGAACAUCGACGAGGGAUCCGGGCUCACCAGUGUCACCUAUCAUGGGCAGAAGGGAGAGCGCAAUGGCAACAGAUCGACUCAGGAGGUGAUUUCAACAUGGAAUGACUGGUGCGGACAUUACCGCCGCCCCAGCCUUCUCCGUCUGGACCCCGAAGGUUGUCAUCGUUCACAAGCAGUGGCCAGGUGGUGUUCGGACCGCGGCAUCGAGCUGUGGAUUGCCCCGGGCGAGGCCCACUGGCUGAUGGGCAAGGUCGAGAGGCGCAUCCAGCUGUUCAAGCGACUGAUGACGAAGCUGGCAACGCUGGACCCCGACUGCCCGGUCGAGGAGUUGGUGUCCUGGGCCGUGAGCGCGAUCAACAGCAUGGACAAGGUCGGCAACCACUCCCCGUUCGAGCACGUGAUGGGCGUCUCUGGGAUGCCGGCCUCGAGCAACCCGUUCGCCAUCAUUGACGGGGACACCGGGGAGACUCAGGAGCAGAGGCGCCUCCUUGCGCGCAAAAGCUUCCUGGAAGUAGAGUAUGCUGAGCGUCGUCGACACGCCGAACAGGCCCGCAACCGGGUCUAUCAGACCUGGAAUCCGGGGGACCUCGUCUACUUCUGGCGCAAAGGGAAAGGCCUUGACCCUCGCCCUGGGAAGAAGGGCGGAUGGUACGGCCCUGCUCGUGUCCUUGCUCAGGAAAAACGACACGUGGACGGGCGCGCCCGUCCUACCUCGGUCAUCUGGAUCUCCCACGGGAGCGUGCUCAUCAGGUGCGCCCCGGAGCAGCUGCGCGUCGCCUCGGAGGCAGAGAAGAUGAUCGUCGAAUUGCAGCGGCAGAGCAACCUUGGCAAGACCAUGACGGAGAUCUUGGAGACAGCCAAGGGCGGUACCCAUGAAGACCUUCUCGGACAAAAUCCUCCAGACCUCCGAGAAUACGAGCCUCCGCCGCAGCCGACGAUGGCGAUCCCCGCGACCGAGGGCCAGACUCUCGAGAACAACAGCGAGGCGGGACUCCCCUCAGGCGCAGACGAGGAGAUGGCCGACGCGCUGUUCGACAGCAACCACCUGGUCAACCUCUUCAAGGACAAGUUGGACAUCACCCUCGGCAUCGACGAACAGCAGACCGUCUACCUCGAGUACUUGCAGGACGAGAACACCACUCCAGACGGACGCCGAGGUUUGAUGAGCCACAUCCUGGACAGCUUCGUCGCCAACAAGCGCCGGAAGGACAAGGUGGAGCUGACCUGGUCCAAGAUGAACGCCACCGAGCGUGAGGAGUUCGAGGCAGCCAUCGCCAAGGAGACGAACAACUGGAUCCAGCAUCAGGGACUCCGCGCUGCCCCGAUAUCUCGGGUCAAGGACGCGGCGGACGUCAUCCGGGCAAGGUGGCUCUUCACCCGCAAGUCCGAUGGGAAGGCGAAGGCCCGGCUCGUCCUCCUCGGCUACCAGACGAAGGACCUAGGACAGGAGCCGACAGCCAGCCCCACCGCGUCUCGGCGCGCCCGUCACGUGAUGCUAACAGUGGCCGCCGCGAACCGCUGGAAGCUCAUCAAGGGCGACGUCACCUCCGCCUUUCUGCAGGCCCACGACCUUGACAAGGACCUCUUCAUCGAGCCAGACGCCGUCCUCAGAAAGGCCUUCCACGUGCAGGAAGGGGAAAUCCUCCAGGUCGUGAAACAUGGAUAUGGGAUCGGCGAGGCGCCCCGGCACUGGUGGGAGACGGUCAAGCACGACUUUGCGAAACUUCGACUCCAAGCCUGCGAGUUGGAGCCCUGCCUCUGGAAAGCACGAUGUGCCAGGACGGGUAUGCUCAUUGGUAUGAUCAUGGCCCACGUCGACGACUUCAUCAUGGCAGGAGAUACCUCCCACCCUGAGUGGCAGGACAUGGUCAAGCAGAUCCGAGGGCUCUACAAGUGGGGCACCUGGGAGGACAUGAAUGACGGGCUCACCUCUCUCGAACAGUGCGGCGUCACCAUCGAAGAGAGCGAGCAGGGCUUCUUCCUCCACCAGAAGUCGUACAUCGACAAGAUCAAGGAGGUCAAGGCGACCAGCGGCAGUAAGCAUCGGACCACCGACAGCCUCAAGGACUCUGACAAGACGGUGCUCAGGGCGUUCUGCGGCGAGAUCUACUGGCUUGGCGUGAAUACCAUGCCAUUUCUCUUAUCGUGGGUAGCCGACCUCCAGAUGAAGAUACCAGCAGGUACUCACAACCUCUUCACGGCCGCUAACAACAUCGUCAAGCUCGUCAAGCAGAGCCGCCACAUGGGGAUCAGGAUCUACCGGCACGCCCUGGACGACCUCGCCAUCUUCACCUGGUGCGACGCAGCCUGGGCCAGCCGCCCGGAUGGACACUCCCAGGGUGGUCAUAUCACCGCUAUCUCCUCCAAGGCGGCCAUGGACGGGAAGCUCUCCGAGUUCACGGUCCUCGACUGGGGCUCCAAGAAGCUGCGCCGCGUGGCUCGGUCAAGCCUGGCGGCGGAGGUGCAGGAAGCCGGCGACGCCGAAGGCGAGCAGAGCAUGAAGCAGCAGUGGCGCCUCAUAUACGACGAGCAGUUCAUGAACGCUCGCAAGCGGGCAGCGCUUGGCAAGGGCAUCUUCGACGAGACGGACCCGACCGACCCGGCCUCAGCUCGUCAGGUACUCGAGGAGCGGAG